GCGCGACGUGGCCGCCCUCCACGCCGCGCGCCCUCCUGGCAUGUCGUCAGGUCGGUCGGUCGGCACGGCCUUCUAGACAAAUCCAGAGCAUCGGCGUCGUCUCAUCCUUCGCCGCUUCUCUCGUGACACAUCGGCACUUGGCUGCGUCGAGGCGCUCUGCAGUUCGCGACCAGCUACCCUGCAGUACUGCGCCACCACCCUCCGGCCAUGGCCGCGCCCCGCCCCACCGUCCUCGUCACCGGCGCCGGCGGCCGCACAGGCCAAAUCGUGUUCAGCAAGCUCAGGGAGAGAUCCGACCAGUUCGCGGCGAGGGGCCUGGUGAGGUCGGAGGAGAGCAAGCAGAAGAUCGGGGGAGCCGACGACGUCUACGUGGCCGACAUCAGGGAGGCGGAGCACCUGGCGCCCGCCGUGCAGGGCGCCGACGCGCUCGUCAUCCUCACCAGCGCCUCCCCCAAGAUGAAGCCGGGGUUCGACCCCACCAAGGGCGGCCGGCCCGAGUUCUACUACGAGGACGGAGCCUACCCUGAGCAGGUGGACUGGAUUGGGCAGAAGAAUCAGAUUGAUGCUGCCAAAGCAGCUGGUGUGAAGCACAUAGUCUUGGUGGGAUCCAUGGGGGGAACAAAUCCCAACCAUCCAUUGAACAGCCUUGGCAAUGGCAAUAUACUGGUCUGGAAGCGCAAGUCUGAACAGUAUCUGGCAGACAGUGGAGUUCCUUAUACAAUCAUAAGGCCUGGUGGUCUGCAAGACAAAGAUGGGGGAGUGAGGGAGCUGAUUGUCGGGAAGGAUGAUGAGCUUCUCCAGACUGACACUAAGGCAAUUCCUAGGGCUGAUGUGGCUGAAGUUUGUGUUCAGGCCCUGCAGUAUGAAGAGGUGAAGUUCAAGGCAUUCGAUUUGGCUUCGAAGCCUGAAGGUGAGGGCACCCCGACGAAAGAUUUCAAAGCGCUGUUCUCCCAGGUCACAGCCCGGUUUUGAGGCAUCAGUUAAGGAGCAUAAGUGCAUUUCUAAGCUUAUAAGGAUCUUAAUGUCUUUGAGUGUGUAUCCUUGUGCAUUAUGAAGUUGCUGACUGAUGUAAUUGCACAAUCGGUUUAUCAAUAAUGCUGAAAAUAGCCUCCUAUGGAUGCAUGGAGAUUGGAGAAGCAAUCUAUGCAUUUUCCCGAGAUUUUCUCCGAGGAGAAGAAGUCAGCAAACAAUUGAGAAUACAUUGAUACAGUUUAACGGA